CUUGUUCUGCUCUGCUCAGCUCAGCCGGAGUGCUGCUGCGCGAAAAUUUCCACAACAACACACACACGCACACACACACAGAAGCUUUGCGGGAGAGCGGCGCGACAACCACGGCCGCUUCGCGCCGUGAUGCACCACCCCACGCCAAAGAAGCCGUGAUCGCACCGCAGGACGCGACGGAUUUCCCCGGGUGGACAGCAGCCACGGCGCAGGACAUGCCUGGAAAUACAUUCUGAAUGAUUGAAGAUUGCGGGCGGAGGGGUGACAACAUGGCGGACAGAAGGCAGCUGUAUGUCGAGAUGAGGGCACAGGAUUUGGACUCCAUACGAUUGUCGACGUACAGAACAGCCUGCAAACUCCGAUUUGUGCAGAAGAAAUGCAACUUGCAUUUGGUUGAUAUUUGGAACGUCAUCGAGGCUUUCCGAGAGAAUGGUCUCAACACCAUGGAUCUCACCGCUGAGCUCGCUGUGGCUCGCCUGGAAAUGGUACUGUCCACCCUCUUCUACCAGCUUAACAAGCGCAUGCCGACCACUCACCAGAUCAGCGUGGAGCAGUCCGUCGGCCUGCUGCUCAACUUCCUGCUGGCAGCCUACGACCCGGAGGGUCAUGGCAAGAUGUCUGUUUUUGUUGCGAAGAUGGCCCUUGCUUCUAUCUGUGGAGGGAAAAUUCUGGACAAAUUAAGAUAUAUAUUUUCGCAGAUAUCAGAUUCUGCUGGAAUAAUGGUGUACUCGCAGUUUGACCAGUUUCUGCGAGAGGUUCUCAAAUUACCCAUGGCGGUGUUUGAGGGACCUUCUUUCGGCUACACUGAGCAGGCUGCACGGGCAUGUUUCUCUCAGCAGAAAAAGGUCUCCCUCAACACAUUCCUGGAUACGUUGAUGUCAGACCCGCCCCCUCAGUGUUUGGUGUGGCUACCUCUCAUGCAUCGGCUCGCCAAUGUCGAGAACGUGUUUCACCCGGUCGAGUGCUCCUACUGCCAUACUGAGAGUAUGAUGGGCUUCCGCUACCGCUGCCAGCAAUGUCAUAAUUACCAGCUCUGUCAGGACUGCUUCUGGAGGGGGCAUGCCAGCGGUUCCCAUAGCAACCAGCACCAAAUGAAGGAGUAUACGUCAUGGAAAUCCCCGGCUAAGAAGUUAUCCCAUGUCCUCAGCAAGUCUCUGAGUUGUGCGUCCAGCAGAGAGCCCCUUCACCCGAUGUUCCCCGAUAUGCCAGAGAAACCUCUCAACCUAGCUCACGUUGUAGACACAUGGCCACCGAGACCAGUGAAUAUAACCAACGACUACUCACUGUCCCACUCCAUGCCUACAUCAGGGAAUCCUUUUUCCACCAAAAACCAGAAUAAUGAUGCUGGCCAAAAAAAGUCCCCGUUUGGGGGUGCUUCACAGCUGCUAAAAGGAAAAGGGUUGAAGUACAACCUCGACGUUGCUGAUAGACUUGCUGACGAGCAUGUUCUCAUUGGCCUCUAUGUGAAUCUGCUCCAAAACAACCCCAGAUCAUGUUUGCUGGAAAGCAGUAACCAUCAAGACGAGGAGCACUGUCUCAUUGCUCGCUAUGCUGCUAGGCUGGCUGCUGAUGCUGCGGCUCAACAGCAGAGGGUCCCCACAGACCUCCCCUACUCUCUGGAUGUCAACAAGCAGCAGAGGCAGCUCAUUGCAGAGUUGGAGAGCAAAAACAGGGAAAUCCUGCAAGAAAUCCAGAGGCUGCGUCUUCAGCACGAGGAGGCUUCCCAGCAGCCACCUGACAGGGGUCAGCAGAACCCCACCCUGCUCGCCGAGCUGCGACUUCUCAGGCAACGCAAAGAUGAGCUCGAACAAAGAAUGUCUUCUCUGCAGGAGAGUCGCAGGGAGCUCAUGGUGCAGCUGGAGCAGCUAAUGAUGCUUCUCAAGCUGGAAGAAGAACGAAAACAAGCGAGAACUCAGGGUCCCGGCUCUCCUCGCUCUUCACCCAGCCACACCAUCAGCCGGCCGAUCCCCACGCCCAUCCACUCGGACUCUGCCGGCACCACCCCGACUCACACACCUCAGGACUCACUCAUGGGCGUGGGAGGGGAUGUUCAGGAGGCCUUCGCUCAGGGUCCAAGGAGGAAUUUAAGAAACGACCUUCUCAUUGCUGCUGACUCCAUCACCAACACAAUGUCAUCGCUUGUCAAGGAGCUCAAUUCAGAAGGUGGUAGUGAGACGGAGAGCCUCCUGGAUUCAGACUUUGGACGAUGUGACCUAAUGGCUGCAACGUCUUCAGAUUUUUACUUCACUUAUAAACCAAGGCCGACAAGGGCUGCGGAAGAAGAAGCUUUUGAAAACAAUCUGGAGCAGCAGCUAGAGGAUGAGCUCAAGUUGGAAGAGCUGGUGAAGCACAGACAAGAGACGGACAAAACGUGCUUGGUGACAAUGGAGCAGUGACUGCAAGUCCAGGUGACUGGUAAGCAAUAUAGAAAGCAACAAUAGUAGAAGACACUGGAGGAAGCAACACUGGGCUGAAAACACGCAGCACUGAAGACAUGAGGAAUUUAACCUGCGCUAUAUCCGACCAUAGAAAUACUACAUUUAUGUAAAGAUAUAUUUUUUACCCAAGCACAUAUUUAAGGUAUUACUGUGAGCUGGUGUGAAGAGAUUAAAUACUGAGCUUUCUAUUACACCACAGGUGCCAUAAAAACACAGUUAUUUCUGAACUCUUAUUUGUUUUUUUGGUUUUUUUUUAGUUGUUUAGAAACCGUACACUGUAAGUACAAGGUGGUGAACCACUUUCUUUGACGAUCUUGUGGUUUUGGACACAAAGAACCAUGUGAUGUUUUUGUUGUUUUUUUCUCACCUGAUUUUUAAGUCAUGAUGAGAAACACGAGAGUGCAUUUGAAGGAAACGGUACAAAAGGCUAACAUCUGAAUUAUUUCUAUUACUGUUGUCGAGAUGCGUGAACAAACUUAGCACUAUUUCAUACAUUUCUUACUGUUGCUACUUGUAAAUGCCUUUCUGCUCUUUAUUUGUUGGUGUUUCGUUUUGUCUUUUUUACAGACGGGUCAUGCGUAUUCGUUUCAUUUGGUGAAUCGGUAACAUUGAUGCACACUGCCUUAGCUGACUGUAUGACCUUUCAUUGCAGUUCAUCCUACAGCACUUGUCAAAGCAGCAUUUAGCCUCAAUGCUAAAACACAACUGCAGCUAUGCUAGAUGUUUUAAAAGAAGGCAAAGAUGUAAAAAAAAAAAAUAAUAUUGACUUUAAUUACAAUUAUUGAUAUAAUAUUACAUAUGUCAGGGGUUUCCAUAACUGUGAUAACUAAGGGUCCUGUAGGCACUGAUAUAAUUAGAUAUAACUGAGUGCCUCUAAUAUUUUGGGGUGUUUAGAAAAAAAAAGAAGACGUGAGAAACAGAUGACAAAAAAAAAUCCUCCAGGUGGUCAGAGUCAAAGAUUUGUUCCAAACUGAAAUGCUUUAGCGAAUUAAAAUUGAUGAAAGCAAAAAAAGGUCAGCCUGCUGUUGGAAGGUUGCAUCUAUUGACGGGACAGAAAUGACUGAAAUUUCCUUAUGUUUGGAGUUUGACCACAACAUUGAUGAUAAUCUUACAGCGAGUAUUGGCAUUAGCUUUCAAAAUAACACAUUAACAUUCUGCAGUUGAUCAGGACAGAAACUUGGACUGUUCAGUGAGUUUAGAUCAGUACCGUAGUCCUUCCUGCUUUACAUCUACUGCUCUGUCCACAGUCUUUAUUUUACUAUAGAGUCUGAAAGAGGGUUAGAAACACAUCUUGAGCCACGCCGGAGAGCACUGAUGACCCAAUAUUUCCACAUUGUCAACGUGUUGAAGGAUUUUCAGGUUGAUUUUAAAGGGACAAGAGGAUCAGCCGGGGAGGAAAAAAUGUCAAGCCGCUUGUUAAUCAAAUUUUCUCCUGGCCGAAAUCCACAGUUUCUCCCCUUCAACCAGUUGGAGAUUUCAGGUCUUAUGCUUGGUAUUAGAUGUGUUUUAGGAAGCUUUAGAAAGCUCAGUCAGCUGAGUCCUGCACAUGUACAGUUCUCCAGCUGAUUUUUUUUUAUUUCUUGUUCGGUUACCUAGGGUCACUUGAAAGGCACCUUCAAUUAAAAUGUAUUAUUAUUAUUAUUAUUAUUAUUAUUAUUAUUGUAACUAAUUAAAACCGAUGUUAAAAAGUGUCAGUUGUACCAGCAGGAAUCGCUGAAGCAAUCCAAACCACUUUGUACCAAUAGAUAAAUAAACGUCUAAAAGUUAGCAUCUAAGCAGAGAAUUGCACUGUAGAAGGAGCUAGUGUAAGAGGCUGGCAGAUUAACGCAGCACAAUUAAAUAAAUCCAAUUAAGCCAAGCAUAAAUCAUAGAUUACUCCAUUAUUCUGAGUUAAUGUCAUUACUCUCACCAUCUCCAUGUGGCUCGUACGCCAACACACAUUCUUGAUGCUUUGUGAGUGUGCGUGUAAAAACCUUUGCCCUGUCACUUUAGAAAAAGUGGCAAGCCCAUCUAAAAUCAUAAAGGUGUGAAAUAUAUCUAGCUUGAUUUUUUUUUUUUUUUUUUUUAUCUUUCAAGCAAGUUCAUAGCAGUGAUUUUUGCAUGGUGGUGGUGCAUAAUAAAGUGUUGACACAAUAUCACAA